UGUUUAACGAAGCAUCGCUUCGUAACAUAGUACAUAUACGGUGUAGAACGAUAAUAAUUUGUGAAAAAAUGGAACAGCUGAUUCGUGCUAAGUUAUGUCGUAUUUAUAAUAAAACAAAGUUUAUCAGAUAAAUCUAUAUAUCAAUUUACAUCGAUAUAGCUUUAUUAAACGGUAAUUCUUGUCAUGGAUAUGUGUAUAUAUAAAUGAAACUCUUCGCUUUGAACUUUUAUUAAACUAUACACUGCAGUUGAGUGUAAACAUGGCCGUCGUUAUGCAUUGUGAUGAUCGUUGGCUUCAAUUUAUAUCCAAACAUGUCUUACAGUACAAACAUGGAAAUGAUGGGUGAAAGGAAUGUUUAAGAAGGAUUAAGGUUGUUAAUUGAACUAUGAAUGUAUUGAGGAUUUUAACUCCAUGUGCAUUGCAAAGUAGAGAAACAAGGGAAACAAAUAGUGAUAAUAAAAGAAGUUGCUGGUUCAUGAGUGGAUGGGGAGAAGAUGCUUCUCAUAUGAUCCAUAGAAUGGGUGCAUCCGCAUCUUCAAGUGUUGCAAGUGUCGGUGGAGAUUCAGUUCAAGCAGCUAGGCUUUCGCCUUCUGGCCACUAUGAUCAACAUGGACUUGCAAUUAGAGAAAGAAAAAAGAAAAUGACAGGAUUUGCUACACUACGUAAAAAAUUUAUUAGAAAACGUCGUUCGUCUAAAGUAUGUGAUCACGGGAGGAUUUUUAGAGACAUGAUAUCAACAUGGAGUCAUUUAGAAGCAAUAGCACUUUUAGAAGAAUACGAAGCCUUAGCUGCUUUAAAAGAUCUUCAUGUUCAAGCAGAAUUAGCCAGACCUCCAGCUGCUACAUUCAAACAAGAUUUAUCAUUACUCUAUGACUACAAGCAAUGUUCCGAUGCCGAUCUUGUCUAUCAAGGUGCAUGCUUUCCCGUUCAUAGGGCCAUAUUAUCCGCACGUUGUCCAUAUUUUAGGGAUUUAUUAGCAGGAUACCCUGGUUACGGUGCUCGAAUAUGUUUAGAUUUGAGAACACCUAAUUUAGAAGUUCAGACAUUUUCUGCUUUAUUACGAUACCUCUAUACUGGUGAUAUUUGUCCACAUGAUGCAACAUUUGGAACAAAUAUAUUACAACGACUUGGCGAAGAAUUUGGGACAUUGAAUCCUUUAGAACAAGAUCUUAGAUACUUACUUGAUACCGGUGAUUAUGCUGAUGCUGCAUUAGUGUUUACAUCAGAUAGCGAUUGUCAAAGGCCAGACAGUGGGUGUUCUGAGUAUGGAUUUCGACCAAAAUUAGAGCUACCAUGCCAUAAAGCAAUACUUUCUGCAAGGUCGCCAUUUUUUAGAAAUUUGAUACAAAGACGUACUAAGUCAGGAGAAGAUCGUACGGAAAGAACGCUACAUAUACCUACUAGAAUAAUCUUGGAUGAAAGUGUAAUACCGAAAAGAUAUGCUAGGGUUCUAUUACAUGCUGUUUAUUUAGAUACCGUUGAUCUCUCAUUAAUACUGAGAGGUAAUGGUUGUGGAAAUAGUGCUGGUAGUCUUGGUGAGGUGCAGGCAUUAACUCAUACAGGGAGAAUGAGACCAAGUCCUUUAGAAGAAGCAAUGGAAUUAUAUCAAAUUGGUAGAUUUCUUGAGUUAGAUAUAUUAUCUCAAGGCUGUGAAGAUAUUAUUCUAGAUUGUCUGACAUUAGAAUCACUUCCUACAGUACUCAAAUGGGGUAGUCAACCUCAUGGAUCUGCAUGGGUGCACAGACAAGCAUUACAUUACUUAAGAGAAGAAUUUCAACCAAUCGCUUCUUCAUCGAUUCUUCAUCAAUUGGAUCAUGCCCAUCUAGUAAAUGUUUUGCAAAGUCAUUUUCUACAAGCAAGUGAACUGGAAAUAUUACAGGCUGUUUUAAAAUGGGGCGAACAUGAAUUGGUUCGGCGCAUGGAAGAUAGGGAACCAAAUUUAUUAAAUCAUACAGUACACUCUGUAACAAGAAAGGGAGUUAAAAAGAAAGAUCUUAGUGAUAUUGAAUUACGAGAAAUACUUAGUGAACUACUACCACUUGUCAGAAUUGACCAUAUCUUGCCACACAACAGUGAAAUAUUAACUCAGGCUAUCAGAAGAGGCUUAGUUUCUACUCCUCCUAGUCACAUGAUAGGAGAUGGAAGGGAUAAUAUACAUACAAAUGCCUGGAUAAGAGGUGGAAAAAAGAAUGGGUUUUUUGUCAGACCAAGAUUAUUCAUGCCUUAUUAUGAAGAAAUUAAGUCUUUAGUCGAAGAACAGAUAGUCCAAGAUACGGAUCUUGUCAGAUUGCAAAGAACACGAUAUGUUGCGGAUAUACCGGAUGCGCUAUAUAUGGUUGACGAAAAACCAAGAACUAUGGGCACUGCUGGCGUAGAUGUUCUUGCAGCUGCAUUUCCAGUGCCAGAUUCAUCAACAAUGGCUGCAAUGCUUAAACGGGAACAAAAAUUAAGGCAAUCCCCAAGUUGUCUACGAGCUAUAGAUCUACCUUUAUCUUCGCGAAGCGAAAUUAAUAGGCAAGUGCGCCUAAGGGUCGUUAGAGAAUUCAAUUUACCAGAUGCAGUAGCGGAUAUUUUAGAAAACACUGCAUCAUUUAUGAACCAGCAAGAUAGUAAUAUGACCGGAAUUGAAGAUAUAAACUCGCCGGAUAUGGAUAUUAACGCAAGAACUUCCGCACCUUCGUAUUAUGGAAGGAAUAUGACGUUUCCUCGGCCGGCUUCAUCUUAUGCGGAUAGACACGAACUUCCGGCCGUAGUUAUCGAAGGAGAGAAUAACAGACUUCUUGUAGAGCAACAAGAAAAUAGCUCUUGCAGCGAUGGCCAUCUAUCCGGAGUAAUGCCAGAUGUAGCAAUGGCUACUGCAUCGUUCGGAGCUUUGCAAUUGAUGGAACAUCAAGAAUUGGAUCUUGGCGAUGGAACGUCACAUAUUUUGCAACAUAUUUCACCGUCAACUGGAACCGUAGGUCUAAAUCGUUCUUCGCUUCCUCGUCAGCAUCAAGGACAUAUUUCCGCCCCACCUCCUCUGCCAUACGCGUACCAACGUACCGUCACUGCCUUACCGAGGUUUAUUUAACAUUUAUAUACAAUAUGAAAGAAAUGAAAAGAAUCCGCUAAUAGAGGACGAAUAUCUUCUUUACACGGCGUAUCUGAAAGAAAACAAAAAAGAAAAAAGAAAAAGAAAAAAAAAAAAACAAAAAAACAAAAAAAGAAAAGAGGAAACCUUGUUAUUGCGGGUACAAAUCUAUUACAAGAGAAAAAAAAACACAAAACAAAACAAAAGAAAGAAAAAAAAAAGAAAAAGAAAAAAAAACAGAACAAACCCAGAAAAUCUGUAUUUAGAUUUUAAUCGGUCGUUCACAGCCUAAGAAAGUAGUUAAUAUUAAGUUCCAUUUAUUUCGAUAAUUAUAAUAAUGUGAAAAGAGUUAUUGCUUAAUAGUUAUUAGAUGCACCGCAUGUGAGGUAUAAUGCGGCUGUGACUUAUACAUUUGUGAAACGUGAAAAAUGUUUGUGGCUAUGAGCACACAGUGAAAAUGUGUUCAUAAUGUAUGUGGGUGUAUUUAUGUGCGUAUGCAUGUGUUUAUUCUCAUUAGUAUUUACUUAAAUACGUUAAACGAUGUAGCUAAUAAACUUUGAUGAAAUGCAUAUAUCGGAAAUAUGCUGUAUUUAAACAUUGCGGACCGGUCGCGAUAGAUUUCCUUUAUUUUCUAUCUAAUUGUCAGAUAUUUUCUAUAUCGUAGUAAUUGUUUACAGAUUAAUUAUAUCAAAAUUCAAUUUUAUCUAUAAUUUUGUCCAUUAAAAGGGAAUAAAAUGUAAUAUAAAAAAUAAAGAUGUUUUAAACAAAUACGAGAGAAAACAAAAAUUUCAUACUCAUUCGAAAUAUUAAUCGAAAUAUUAAUGAAAGUAAAAAAUUUCAUUGAUGGAUUGACGCUGGUCCGCAAUGUAUGAAAAUAUGCAAAGCGGUCUAUAUUUUCAUAGAAUUAAGAUUCUAUGGGAGAUCAUUUGCUGACUGAUAUUAUCAAUAAUGUACAAUAAAGCGUUUAAUUUUUAUAUAUGUAUAUUUCUAUAGUUCGGUAUAUAUUUAAGUUCUUAAAGACCGACGAUCCGAUCUUUUAUGUAAUUCCAAUCGCAUAAAAACCGUAGGAACACUCGUUCUUGAACUUUACGCGACUCUUAGUCUCGUUUGAUUCAUUUUCUUUCUUUCUUUCUUUUUUUUUUUCUUUUUUUUAAAUUCAAGAGAAAAAAAAGAACUUCAGCAUAUAUAAUAUUUGUAAUUAUACGAAACAAGACAUUUGUAUGAUAUCUUCCAAAUUGAUUUUUUUCAUCAUAUCGAUGAAAACCUUUUUUCCCUUCCGGCGUUUAGGAAAAUACAUUCUCCGCUGUUAGAUAUUAUAUAAAGCAGCAUUAAUAUUAAUGCGGAACCAUUAGCCACUUAAAUGUGCGUGCAUAUAGUUAUAAAUAAUAGUAAAAUAAUUCACGGGAACUAUCUGUAUCUAUAUUAGAAUGUUUUAUAAUUCUUCGUGAAUCAUAUUGUUUUAUUUUUAUUAUUGUUUUUAUUCAUCUCUUUCUCUCUCUCUCUCUCUCUCUCUCUCUCUCUGCUUUCCCCCCUUUUCUCUCUCUCUCUUUCUCUCUCUCUCUCUCUCUCUCUCUCUCUCUCUCUCUCUCUCUCUCUCUCUCUCUCUCUCCGAAAAGGUUGAUAAAAUUACGUUUUUCAAGUUUUCUAAAAAAAAAAAAAAAAAAAAAAAAAAACAAACAAAAAAGAAAAAAGAAAAAUUAUUCUUGUUUAUUUUUUUCUUUUUUUUUUUUUUUAUUUUUAUCUUUUCUCGAAAGGAGC